AUGAUCACUCUCAGCGACGAAGAAGCGGCUCAACGCCUUGGUCCCAUCGUCACCACCCCUGUCGCCAAAUACCCGGCUCGCAUUACCAUCUCAGGCCAAUACAUCGACCUUGUCCCCCUCUCCCCCGAGCAUGCAGAUGCGCUAUUUCCCGUCGUGGCCCAACCAGAACACGAGCGAUUAUGGGACUACAUGCUCAACCCACCUUUCCAAGGCGACGCUUUGCUCUUUUCCUCUUUCAUCGCUGCCCGUUCAGCAAACGAAAACAACAUGGUCUUCUGGGCCAUCAUCGACAAGGCUCCUCCCACAUUGAAUUCUCCGAAAGCGCUAGGUAUGAUCUCGUACCUUCACAUCUCCGAGAUCCAUCGCACUAUCGAGAUUGGCAACGUCAUGUUUUCGACCUUGUUGCAGAGAUCUAGGAAGUCUUCCGAGGCGAUCUACCUUUUGCUCAAGCACGCGUUUGAAGAUUUAGGUUACAGAAGGGUCGAGUGGAAGUGUAAUAACUUGAAUACGCCGAGUAAGAGAGCAGCUGUUAGGUACGGGUUUACAUACGAAGGCUUGUUUAAGAAACAUUAUGUGAUCAAGGGAAGGAGUAGAGAUACAGCUUGGUUUGCAAUGGUCGAUGAUGACUGGCCGCAGAGGAAGCAGGCGUUGGGGGGUUGGUUGAGUCAAGACAACUUUGAUGAGCAGGGAGGGCAGAAGAUGAGUUUGAAGGAAGCGCAUCAGAAGGCUGGCUAUACGGUUCCCGAGACGGUUAGCGCUCCACCACUACAACUGUAG